GGCUCGGAACUGGAAGCAUGAGGAGCCUGAGUGACGGGGAGAAUGCAGCCGGGACAGCGACGGCCUCGAGAGAGGCGAUGUCUCACGCCUUCUACCAUGCAAGAUAAAAUACGAUCUGGACAUCGCUCUGUUGGAGCAUCAUCAAGCUCCAUUGACCAUCAAGAUCAUCAAGAUAUUCAAAGCUCUCUGACUUCUAACUGCAAGACAGCAUACUGACCUACCCGCAACCUGCGCCAUGGCGAUGACCACGACGACGACGACAGUUGCGAAGGAGGCUCUCGUCGAGGGCAAGCUGAGCACCACGCCAGCCGGCCUCACCCCGAAGCCCUCGGGCCCCAACAAGCUGUUCAACAAUCCCGACGCCAAGUUCGGCGACUUCCGGGACGACCUGCUGCGCGACGGCUUCUGCGUCGUCAAGGGCGCCGUCCCCCGGGAACGGGCGGAAAAGUACGCCGAGGAGAUGUUCCGGUACCUCGAGACCUUCAAGGGCGGCCUCGGCUUCAAGCGCGACGAUCCGUCCACCUACGUGGAGGAGAAGAUGCCCGUCAUCAACGAGAAGGGCAUGUGUCUCGGAUACGGCAUCGCGCACGAGUCCUUCACCUGGGCCGUGCGGCAGGAGCCCGGCGUGAUCGACGCCUUCGCCAAGGUGUACGACACGGACGACCUGAUCGUCUCCUUCGACGGCGUGAACCUGGCCUUCCCGCGCACCGACCUCAAGCCCAACACGCCGUGGCCGCACCAGGACCAGGACCCGGAGAAGCCCGGCUUCCGGUGCCUGCAGGGCCUCGUCAACCUGCUCCCGAACGGCGACCGCGACGGCGGCCUGAUCGUCUGCAAGGGCGCGCACCUGCUGUCGGAGGAGUUCCACGCCGAGUUCAAGGACGAGCCGGACAAGAUCUGGGCCUGGACCAAGGAGUGGUACGGCUUCACGGACCGGGGCAUGCAGUGGCUCGCCGACCGGGGCUGCCCGUGGAUCAAGGUCAACGCGGAGCCGGGCGACCUGCUGCUGUGGGACUCGCGCACGCCGCACUACAACCUGUCGCCCGCGCUCGGCGCCGGCCCGCGCUUCUGCGUCUACACCUGCUACAUGCCCGCCGCCGACGCCACCCAGGAGGAGCUCGCGCGCAAGAAGGCCGCCCUCGAGAACACCCAGAGCACCACCCACUGGCCCAACGCCAUGCACGUCGGCGGCGUGCCCGUCCGCCGCCGCGACGGCAGGGACUGUCCCUACAACGACUGGAAGCCGCGCCAGCCUGUCCAGCUCACCGAGCGCGGGCUGCGCCUGACGGGUAUUCCUUACAUCAAGGCGUCCGUGUGAGGAGGUAGACGGGGAGAUCGUGGGUGGCUUGGAGAAGACUUGCCGGGCUUGUGUGUGUGUGUGUGUGUGUGUGUGUGUGUGUGGAUAGCGGAGCUGAGUAGCAAAUAGUCACUCUUUUUUCAUUUGAUCUCCCGCUCUUGUGAUCAACCUGUCUGCGCCGCCGGUUU